AUGGCAAUUGAAAACUAUUUCCAACUAACUGUUUAUUUGGUAACUAAAUAUGUUGAAUCAAUUUACCCCAGUUCACAAGAAUUCAAGUUAAUUGAAACUACCAAAGAACCAAAAUUAAAUCAGUCAGAAAUAUAUUAUAAAGAUGAGAAGUUUCUUAUUGUUAGUAUUACUGAAAUAAGUAAUGUUCAAUCAUUGAUAAAUUUAUUAAAUCUUGAUGGUAGAUUAGAUAAUGCAUUGAUUAAUUGGGAAUGGUUUGAUUUGGACGAAAUUAAAUUCCCCAUUAACAAUGAAUCGGAUGGUUUACCUAAGGAGCUUGUUGAGAAAUUCAAUACCAAGUUUAGAUAUAUCAUUGAUAAUGAAAAAGUUAGCUCUAUUUUUGCUCAUCCAAAUAAACAAGAGAAAGAAGGACCUAUAGUUGAGGAACAGCAUACUGAUACUGAAAGUAAUGCUGCUAGAUCACCAACUCCUGAAGUUCCUUAUCAUCCAACUAAUCCUACAUUUGCUGGUGGUAAUCCAUCUGCUGUUGCAUCAGAUAAUGUCCCAUUUGCUAAAAAGCCUGAUGAUAUGCCUGAUUUUGAAGAUGAAUAUCAAAUCAAAGAUAAAGGACCACCAAUUAGGGAUACAUUAGGACAGUCGACACAUUAUCCUCCGAUUGGUGGUGAUGAUUUGAAUCCACCUGGUAUUCCUUCUAAUCCUACAUUACGAGGAUACAUAGAUCCACUACAAGCUCCACAGGGAGGUGGUAUGCAUCCAACGCCAGACCAUCCAAUAUUUGGUCAAGGAGUAGGUCAACAUCAAGGUGUUGGUGGAAGAAGAGGUGUUCCACCAGGCGCUAGAUAUGACGAUCCAUAUUCAGAAGACAAUUUAGAUAAUCUAGGUCGUGGGUUACCUCUGAAUUUUAGAGGUCCUGGAACCAGUGGCCGUGGUAGUUUUGGAGGUAGUGGUGGGUCUUCAUUUGGUAAUUUUGGACCUCCAGGUGGUGGAGCUAACUUAUAG